GAAGAAGUCUCAUUAACGCUAAUGGAACUGCAGCAACUCAGGCAGUAAUAAGGGUCACAGGAAGCCUGGAGCCUGGAGACUAUCCCAGGGGACUCGAGGCACAAGGCAGGAGACACCCUGGACAGGGUGCCAACCGAUCACAGGGCACAAUCCCACACACACUCACACUCACACACUACGGACAAUUUGGAAAUGUCUGUCAGCCUACAGCGCAUGUCUUUGGACUGGGGGAGGAAACCGGAGUCCCCGGAGGAAACCCCUGAAACACAGAGAGAACAUGCAAACACCAUGCACACAGGGCGGAGGCGGGAUUCGAACCCCCAACCCCUGCGGUGCGAGGCGACAGUGCUAAGGCCACCGUGCCCCCCUCCCUAACAUUACAAAUUUUUUUAAAAAAAUAACUACAUUACGUGUCAGAACAGAACAGGUUUUUUUAAUUAUUAAAACAAUAUAUUAGUGUUAAACUAUUUACAUAUGUUGUUCAACAUAACAGCAAAAAUAAUACAAACCAAAUUAUAAAUGUUAAAUAAUUAAAAAAUAACAAAUAAAAAUAAAUAAAAUAAUAAUAAAAAUAAUUUUAUAAAUAAACAUUCAUCUAUGUCUUCUGCUAGAUCAAGUUUCAAACGUUUACAAAUGCGGAUUCCUGCUUUUUCUGGCGGCAGUUUAAGUCAUCGAUAAGCUCAUUGUAAGAUAAUUGCUUUUCCAGUUCGGAGUUGAUGCUGAUUCUUGCCAGAUCACUCAAGCGCUCUUGGGCCAUAGAUGAGCACGAUGUUUUAAUGAGCUUCAAUUUAGAAAAACUUGGCUCAGAGGCAGCUGUCACACUGAGUGUCAUUGCUCUGUGCAGAGCAAUCCAGAGAUUUGGGUUCAGCUCUUGCAGGUGGUUGUCAUGAAGAAAUGAAGCGUCUCCAGAGCCGGUGUGUGUGGUGGCAGUUGGGGGAGGUUUAUGAUCUGCACAUGCUUCAUCCGGAGCUUUUUUUUUUCUUUCUUUGGCUUCUCAGUGCAGGACUCCUGUUUUCUCAUCCCAGGCAUAGUUUUCCACUAGCAUCCAUUAUACAUGCAGGUGUAAAUGGAUGCACAGUGACAUAAUGUGCCUACUUUUUAUAUAUUAUAAACUUAGAUUUUCUAUAUUAUAUUUCCAUAUUGUAAUUGUCAGAAUAUGUUGUGAUAUUAAAAUUAGAACUGACAUUUUUUUUUUUUUUUUGAGCAACUGAGAUGGUGUCACCUUGGGAGUUGGUGGCGUACGCAAACCGCAUCAUCCGUGUGUUGGGAGCGGUGCUACUGUGUUCUUCUUUUGUCAAAGGCAUUCUUAAAGGCAAUCUGAAAUAUAUAUAUAUAUAUAUAUAUAAACUAAGUAUGAAAUUUUUGGAAGACAUUUUGCUAAAAAUGUGUAUGUAUGGAGACUUUUGGGACACCCUGUAGUAUGGUAAUGUCACAGUUUUAUGACCUCAGCAUUGAUUUAAAAGAAACUACCUAAUUAUAGCCAGUAGUACAACAACAAAAUUGUCAAUCUCUGUUGUUUCAGUUAAAAGUUAUUUAAGCGGUGCUCAGGGCUGCCUGGACUGUGUGAGAAAUUCAACACUAGUUUUCCCAGCUCGUCACCAGAUGAUGUCACGGGCUAAUUUGCAUAUUCGUUGAGCCAUUAUGAUCAUUUGCAUAUCAAAUGAAGGAAGGUUUUCUGAAGGGACUUGGAAUGGAAGAGUUGAAUAGAGUUUUAUCAGAAUAGAAGAGGAUAAAGUUUUAUCAGAAUGGAAAAAGAACAGAUUAUAACUUAUUUCUUAUAGAGAAAAGAAAUCUUUGGUCACUAACUGUUUACAUAUUUACAAAAUACUAUGAUUUCUAUCAAGAAUGCAGUCAAAAUGAAGCACUGGUAGUGAGCAGACAAGAAGUGGAUCUAAUCAUCCACUUUAAUUACAUCUAAAUAUAACCAAGACGAGAGUUUAAAAUGAAGAAGUAAGUGUGCAGGUGGGACAAACUAUGGUGAUCAGUGAUUGGUUAUUGGGAACAAUGGCGGUUGGUUAUCAGGAACAGUGGUGAUCAGUGAUUGGUUAUUGGGAACAAUGGUGAUCAGUGAUUGAUUAUUGGGAACAGUGGUGAUUGGUUAUUGGGAACAAUGGUGAUCAGUGAUUGGUUAUUGGGAACAGUGGUGAUUGGUUAUUGGGAACAAUGGUGAUCAGUGAUUGGUUAUUGAGAACAAUGGUGAUCAGUGAUUGGUUAUUGAGAACAAUGGUGAUCAGUGAUUGGUUAUUGGGAACAGUGGUGAUCAGUGAUUGGUUAUUGAGAACAAUGGUGAUCAGUGAUUGGUUAUUAGGAACAAUGGUGAUUGGUUAUUGGGAACAGUGGUGAUUAGUGAUUGGUUACUAGGAACAAUGGUAAUCAGGGUUUGGUUAUUGGGAACAAUGGUGAUUAGUGAUUGAUUAUUGAGAACAAUGGUAAUCAGUGAUUGGUUAUUAGGAACAAUGGUGAUCAGUGAUUGAUUAUCAGGAACAAUGGUGAUUGGUUAUUGGGAACAAUGGUGAUCAGUGAUUGGUUAUUAGGAACAAUGGUGAUUGGUUAUUGGGAACAGUGGGGAUUAGUGAUUGGUUACUAGGAACAAUGGUAAUCAGGGUUUGGUUAUUGGGAACAAUGGUGAUCAGUGAUUGAUUAUUGGGAACAGUGGUGAUUGGUUAUUGGGAACAAUGGUGAUCAGUGAUUGGUUAUUGGGAACAAUGGUGAUCAGUGAUUGGUUAUUGAGAACAAUGGUGAUCAGUGAUUGGUUAUUGGGAACAAUGGUGAUCAGUGAUUGGUUAUUGAGAACAAUGGUGAUCAGUGAUUGGUUAUUGGGAACACUGAAUCACGCAAGUGCAACUCAGUCGAACUUUAUUCACUGGUGGUGAGUCGAGUGAACCUGCUCUCAUAUAACCAGCAGCUGUGAUGUGAGCUGGAGUGCCAUAUCAAAUGCAGGACAGUUACUAAUCUCAAAAAGUCCCUAGAUUUGUUGGUAGGAUCUUUUUGAAAUAAAUUUGCUAAAGGAUCUAAAAAGCCAUCAAACCUAGUGCCAAAGUCACUAAGUUGGCAAGACUGUUCAAAACUAGUCUGAAACUAGACCAAUGGUCAGUAAAACUAAAAUCUAACCCUCUCAGAACUUUUAAACUCCAGAACAUAUCAAAUAGACUGUGCACUUUCUCUUUGUAAAAAAUACUCCAUUUCUCCGGGGUCCAUUUCGACAGGAAACCCUCAGAUCUACUGUAGCAAACCUGCUGGUGCCUGACAAAUCAUUUAGAGGAAUUACAAGCAUUUCCUACAAAAAGAGCCAUGAUUCAAUUUUUUCAUUCUUUUUCCUGUUUUAAUCACAAUUAAAAAUGUAACAGUAUGUACAAUCACUGUUACACUGGUUUCAAUAUGUUUUGUAAAUGCACAGUUUGAUAUGAGUCCUGUGUGUUAAAGAUGUCUCAGGAGCAGCUGGUGGUUCAGCAGGCCAGGAAGGCUUUUCAAACAGGGAGAUCUAAACCGCUGGAGUUCAGAGUGCAGCAGCUGAAAAACCUGCAGCGUUUCAUUUCAGAAAAACAAAAGGAUAUCACUGAUGCCCUCAAGAAGGACCUGUGCAAGAGCGAGAAUGGAACGCUGCUGUAUGAGAUCUUCGGCCUUGAGGGCGAGAUCAAGCUCGCCCUGAGCAAACUGGAAGAGUGGGCAGCCCCUCGUCCUGUGGCUAGAAAUCUUAUCACCAUCUCUGAUGAGGUUUACAUCCGGCCAGAACCUCUCGGUGUGGUGCUUAUUAUCGGAGCUUGGAAUUAUCCGAUAGCUGUGACACUACAGCCGCUUGUAGGAGCCAUUGCUGCUGGUAAUGCAGCAGUUGUGAAGCCAUCAGAGGUCAGCUCUCACACUGCCAAGGUCAUGGAGCUCCUGCACAUGUACCUGGACCUGGAGAUGUACCAUGUGGUGACCGGAGGAGUUCCUGAAACCCAGGAGUUGCUCAAGCAGCGUUUCGAUCACAUCUUCUACACAGGAAACAGCACAGUGGGGAAACUGGUUAUGGAAGCAGCUGCACACCACCUCACACCAGUCACUCUGGAGCUGGGGGGGAAAAGUCCCUGCUUUAUCGAUAAAGGCUGUGACCUCCGAAUAGCCUGCCGCCGCAUCACAUGGGGGAAGUAUGUUAACUGUGGUCAGACCUGCAUUGCCCCUGAUUACAUCCUUUGUGAACCUAGCAUCCAGGACAAAGUGGUGGAGGAGAUUAGAAAAUGCAUUCAGGAAUUUUAUACAAAUGAUCCUAAGACCUUCACAGACUAUGGACGCAUCAUCAAUCAGCGGCAUUUCAAGAGGAUAAUGGCUCUCAUGGAGGGUAGCACAGUGGCUAUAGGCGGAGGACAUGAUGAAUCCCAGUGCUACAUUGCUCCCACCGUCCUAAAAGAUGUAACCCCACAAUCAAAGGUGAUGCAGGAGGAGAUCUUCGGGCCUGUACUGCCCAUCGUCCCUGUAAAUGGACUGAGCGAAGCCAUCCAGUUCAUUAAUGAAAGAGAGAAGCCUUUGGCGAUAUAUGUCUUCUCUUCCAGUAAGAAGGUAAUAAAAAAGAUGAUGUUGGAAACGUCCAGUGGAGCGUUAUUAGCCAAUGACUGCCUUGUUCACUAUACCAUCAGUGACCUGCCUUUUGGUGGUGUUGGUAACAGCGGGACCGGUCACUACCACGGCAAAUACACGUUUGAUCAGUUGAGUCACUUGCGCAGCUGCCUCAUUAAAAAUCUGAACAUGGAAAGGCUCAACCUGAUCCGCUACCCGCCUCACACGGCAGAGAAACUCCGCUGGGCCCGAAUGCUCCUCAUCAAGCAGGUGAACAUGAAACGCUGGCGACAGUUGGCGCAAGUUGCUAUGUUUGCGGCGCUGGCAGCUUUUGUUGUGCAGAGGUUCUUGCGAUAAGGUGGCGGAAAAGGAAUACUGACAGUCCCAUCCACGCUUCUCUGGAAACUUCAUCUCUUUACUGUAGAAUUAAUAAUAAAGGGUAAAACUGUAAUAAAACUUUACUGUGAUAGAAAACAAAACAAAAAAACGAUUGAAAAAUGAAAAAGGUAACACAUUACCGUUCAUAUUAUGGACAUUACCGAAUGUAAAUAAAACGAACAUUAAAUACUUCUAUUAUGCAGAUAAACACUAUUACUGUGUCUCAAGUCACCUACUUAUACUGUGCACUAAAAGUAUGUACUCUUUUUGUGAAGAAAAAUACAUACUUUUGAGUGUGUAGCAAAAGAAUAUGCAAGUACUGGGACAUAUUAACACGUCAUGUAAAGGAAGAGAACAUUGUUGCCUAGUUAGGCACUCUGUCAUCAUAAACAAAUAUAAUUCCUUAUAUAAUUUAUAUUAUAUAAUUUAAUUUACCAUUCCCUUGAUUUAUUUUUCAUUUACACCGCUGUAAAAUGCGUCCUUGAAUUCAGCAAAGCAAACCGUCACAAAACUCCUCCUCCUUCUCGCAAGGAGUUGUGGGCAAUAUUAGCUGAAAAUGUGUCCACGGAUCCACACCUCGAAAAUCUAGUAGACAAUCUGGGUACCUUUGGGAUACUCAUUUCAGUACGCUACGAUUUGGAAUGCACUAGUUCUAAUCUUGGGUACUAUUCAGAUGGAUAGUAGGCAAAUUGAGACGCAUUUCAAGUGUAUUGUAAUGGGAUUGCAUUUUUCAUAUCCCUUUGAAAAAAAACCCUUAUAAUAGAAGUACAGAGCUCUUACAAUGUGUAUUUUAUAAUAACUAUUUUUGGUAGACACUGGGGAUAUUAAUUGUUACAAAUUUUCAGGGUGUAUUCUUUAUAAUGUGAGUUUUAGAUGUAAAAUAUCCUUUAGGUGAGAAUGCUUUGGAAAAUAAAGUAAACUGUAGUUAGAAGCUCCAGGCUUAUCCUUGAUGUCCGUUUCCUUGCAAAAACUGUGUUAAACUCUAUACUGAAUGUAAAUCAUGUUAUAUCCAGGGUAAUUUUACACUGUAUAAAGUUUCUCAAGGAAGGUAUGGAUGGUAUAUUAUUAUUGAUAAUAAUUGUAUAAUGAGGAUUAUAUACUUGGUUGUUUAAUAAUUCAUCUAAUUCUUCUGACAAGUUACUUUGGACUUUGAGGUGUAUUCAUUUGGUAAAUUGUGUUAAUGUUAAAGUUAUACACAAGAUAUGAUACAAAGUGUUGAGCUUUCUUUUUGGUAAAAUAAAAGUAAUUGGCUGUUUAAUUCU